CCUGACAGAGUGUGUGAGCGCUACAGUGGACUAGGGGAUCAGUCAGUGGACUGUGUGUUUGUGAGAAGUCCUUUCCUAACUGCAGACAUGGACACCCAUUUCCUGAUGAGAGUGUUGUGAGUCCGUUGCAGCCCUGUCGCGCCCACAGCGUCCCCUCUCGGCCCGGGCGACCCACCACGGCGCCUUGGCCUCCUCCAUGAAGGGGUACCAGGCCAGCCGCAGCCUGUCCUCUGUUGGAGAAGGGGGACACACACCGUGCGACUGCGACCCCGCCCCCAGCUCCGUCCGAGACUACGAACACUACGACGGAGCGGGACACCCCUACUACCCUCCCGGGGGUCCCCCAGAGCAUCGUUUCCUCUCCUCGCACUCUGGAGGGGGGACGUUCCCCCGCUCGCACCCCAGCCAUCACCCCGCGCCCCAUCAGUACGACUCAUGCGAGGAGUGUCUGUCCACGGUGGGGGGUCACGUGGCUAAGAUGCACAGCCUGGAUCAGUUUGAGAAGCAGCUUCCUCCAGACGGGUUCCACACCCUGCAGUACCAGAGGAGCGCCAGCGGGGCGGAGCAGCGCGGCGAGAGCCCCUCCCGUAUCCGCCACCUGGUUCACUCAGUCCAGAGACUCUUCGCCAAGUCCCACUCCCUCGAGGCGCCGUCGAAGAGGGAAUACAACGGUACAAGAGGAGGAGGGGAUUACCGGGAAAGAGGAGGAGGAGGACAAAGGAGCGGAGGAGAAGAGGGCGGUGGGCAUCAUUAUUCGGGCCACCAGUCCCGCUCGGUGAAGCGCAGCAAGUCUCGCGAGCGCUCCAAGAGCGGGGAUGGGCGCCACGAGUCGUCUGGCCGGCGCCACCGGAACCGAACUGCCGGGUGGUGGAGCUCCGACGACAACCUAGACAGUGACAGCAGCUUUCUGGUAACCGCGGGCAACACCGGGCCAGGUGGUCGAGGUGGCGGGCGAGACGGGUACCCCACGGGCCACGAGAGUCUGGACGCUGCUAUCCAGGAGCUGACCAUGAAGAAACUGCCCAAGCAGGGGAGUGUACCACCAGGGCCCGGGCCGGGGGAGUGCAUGGCCUGUACCACUCUGGCCCUGGCAGGGGGGGAGGGUGGCGGAGGGGGAGUGGUAGGGUACCAUGGAGGGCCAGGGCAACACUCUCUGAAGAGGAGCACGUGGUCGGCCAUGACGGUCAGCCAGGCUAGAGAGGUGUACCCAUCGUCUGUCCGGGGAGGAGGAGGAGGAGGAGGAGGAGGAGGAGGAGGAGGAGGAGGAGGAGGAGGAGGAGGAGGAGGAGGAGGAGGAGGCUAUGACAAGGCCUUGGUACCUCUGGAGAACAAACUGAAGGAGAGGACCUUUCACUACCUACAGGUCCCGUCAGACGGGAUGGAGUGGGGGGGUCCUGACGGAGGGGGGGAGAUCCCCUGCAGGCGCAUGCGGAGCGGCAGCUAUGUCAAGGCCAUGGGAGACGAUGAUAGUCAGGACUCUGACGCCAGUCCUAAAGCCUCUCCUAAAACCACCAUCAUCGCCCAGAGAGAGGCCUUCAGACGCUCUGUCAGCAUGGACCACAGAUACGCGUGUAAGCAGUGUGUAGAUGCUACGCUACCCUACGCUAACAACCUAAGCACGCCGAAGAGUCACGCACGCUCUCGGAGCUACACGCGGUCUCUGACCAGCUCACAGCUGGGUGACUCUCUGAAUCGUCAGUUUGAGGCGGUGUGUGAGACCAUGUUUGGAGAGAUAGAGAGUCAGGCGGUGGAAGCCUUGGAUCUACCUGGAUGCUUCCGGACCCGUUCCCAUAGUUACGUCCGCGCCAUCCAGGCCGGCUGUUCCCAAGACGACGACUGCCUGUCCGUCUUCUCCAUAUCGGGACCCCAGGGUAGCAUCAAGGGAGGGGCCGUCAUCCCAUACCGUAAGGCUGGCCCUCCCCCUCUCCCUCCCCGGAUGUCCAAGCCUACGAUCUCUGUGAGGGCUCAGAGCAGUACAGAGUCUACCCAGGAUGCCUACUUCCAGAACACAGGCCAGCCUGCCCUGGGACGGCCCAAACAACACCAGAGCAGCUCUGUGGACCUGGGAAUCACUGACGUUGUGGUGUCUGGUCAGACGUCCAGGGAAAGGAGUUACUACACAGGACCAGGACACGGCCGUUCCCGCCAGCACUCCAACUCAGCCGAGAGCCUGGAUGGGGUCCCCCGGUGGGGCAGGGAGCUUGUACUCUGUGGAGGGGGAGGACAGGGGCCCCCCAGAGUAAAAUAUAGCGGCUCCGCUGAUAGUCUCUUGGAGGGGCCCAGGGGAAAGGAGAGGGGGGAGAGGGAUGUGGGACGGGCAGGGGGAAGUCUGGGGAAGUCUGCCUCCCUCUCACAGAACAGUAUGGUGAUGAGUAAGAUGGGAGGAGGAGGAGGAGGAGGAGGAGGAGGAAGAGGAGGAGGCGGAGGACAGGAGGAGAACCAGACGGAGAGAAGAGGAAGGAAUUGGAGGCCGUCUAUCGCUGUACAGGUGGACAGCUCGGAGAACCUGUCAGACUCGGACCCGGAUGGCAAGGCUCUGAGAGAGGUUCACUCUAUAGGGGUGCAGGUGGAGGAGGACAAGAGACGCGCUCGGUUCAAGCGAUCCAACAGCGUGACGGCCAGCGUCCAGGCAGACCUGGAUCCAGCGGGGGGUUUCUCAGGCCUCUCCUUCGCUGUUCCUACGCAGGAGAAGAGCCUCCAGUUCCCAGGCCUCACCUUCGCUGUUCCUACCCAGGAUAAGAGCCCCCAGUUUGGCUGCUCCUUCCAGAGACACUCCUCAGAGCCUGAGUCAGCCGACCAGUACGCAGAGUACCACCGCACGGUGCACACCCAGGGCCAGUGGGCCUACAGAGAGGACUACGUCCAGGAUGGUUAUGCUACAGACCACCACCCUCACCAGAUACCCCCCCUGCCCCCGCGGGCCCACUCCCCCCUGCCCCUCGCAGCGGACCGAGGUGGCUGGAUAGGCACACCCCAGCCUUCACUGGAGGGGGGCCUCCGUAGUCUACCUGAUUCUGGUCGUGCCUCGCCCUGUCUGAGAGACGGAGAGUUCUUCUUACGCCUCCUUCAGGCGGAGGUGGAGAGGAUGGAGGGAUGGUGUCAGAACGUAGAGAGAGAGGCAGAGGAGAACGAGCUGCCGGAGGAGGUUCUGGAGCUGAUCCGUAAUGCGGUGGGCAGUGCCCAGAUGCUCACGUCUCAGAAGGUGCAGCAGUUCUUCCGUCUGUGCCAGCAAAGCGUGGACCCGUCCGCGUACCCCCAGCCCACCUCUCAGGACCUGUCCGGGCUCUGGGACCUGCUCCAGCUCAACGUGGAAGACGUCAAGGUCAAGUUCCAGCACCUCCAGAGGCUCAAGGACUCCGGCUGGAGGCUUCCCCCAGACAAGAAAGAUGACAAGAAGCUUCCUCCCCCACUACCAAAGAAGCCAGCGGGGGGAGUGAGCGGCAGCCUCCGUGCCGACAGCGUCAGCGACCCCCCAGUGGAACGAGGGGUAGGAGGAGGCGGCGGGGGGCUGGUGAUGGCCCGUAGCGGGAGUGUGGGACGGGCCGUGCCUGUCCGGGAGAAGUCCUUAGACCUGGGCGACAGACAGAGGACUGAGGCACGCAGGAGACUGCUCCAGACCAAGAGGUCCGCUUCCUUCAGACAGAACUCAGCCACUGAGAGCGCAGACAGCAUCGAGAUCUACAUCCCAGAGGCUCAGACCCGGCUCUGAACAUGGAGAUACAGCCCUUUAUCCCAGUUAACAGAACCGACUCAGACCCGACUCCUGGGACAGCCCAAUUAUAGAGAUAGAGACCCUUAUUUGAGAACUAUGCCACCCUAGAACAACCACAAUGGUUGUAGAUUUACAUCCCGAGGCUCAGACACUGAACAUGGACAUAUAAGGUGACCCUUAUCAGACUUCUAUCCGACCCUACAAAAACUUGAGAUCUACAGAUCUGACUCUGAACACUGGGACCGUCUAAACGUGGCCAUAUAACCUCCUGUCUGACCACUAGACUACCCUAGAUCAACAACACGCCUCCCAAGUCCCAUACACUGAACCCCCUCAGUGACGAUGUUGACCAGGGGUGUGGCAACUCCAGUCCUCCAGGACAUGAUUAGUGUCACACUUUUUCUCCAUCCCUAGAAAACACAGCUUAUUCAUCUAAACUGAAGAUCAUGAAUAGGUGAUUAUUGGAGUCCGGUGUGUUAGCUGGGGCAAAACUGUGACAUCAAUCAGGCACCCGAGGAUUGGAAUUGCCCACCCCUGAUAUAGAGCCAUACCAAAUGUCCCUUCAGUGCUGACCUGCAUCUCUCUGGGUAUACUGACUCUCUCUCAAGCUUCCACUGCUGGGGAUGCUGGGUCCCAUCAUCAUGCCAUUCCAGGACAUGGCAAGACAGAAGGAGUGAGCAGGAGGCGACAGUGGCCAUUUUGUGGAAUCCGGAGCCAAAAUGGAGGCCAUAGGAUCACAGUUGGCUCCACUCGCGUUUCUUCUCAUCUUUGUUGUCAGAAAUAAAAUGGAGAGAUGGAGGAUUUUGUUUUAAUUUGGAGGGGUAUAAGAGCUAUAAAGAUGAAAGAAGUAUCGCUCUUGCUAAGUCAUUGGAAUGUGUAGUCAAGCAGCAGUAGCAUGUCUGUGCUUGCCUGUUCACCUAGCGUAGCCUAGCUUGGUUUAGCCUAGACUAUCUUAAUAAGCCUAGCCUCUAUCCUCACAGGAAAUACGGGCUUCGCCGGGACAAACCUCAACCGCUCCUGUGGGCUUAGAGCAGAUGAUAUCUCAAAAUGGAUGCUCGGCUCAACAUCACACAAGGUAUUCUCAAUAACAACAGCAUUUGGCUAGUUGGCUACAUCCUCUGAAGACUCUGUAAUACACAGUCACCCAACCCUUCAACUACGGAUGACAUUCAACCUACAUGCCUCCUACACAAGACCCAGGUCUACACUCAUUCGUCGAAGACUAUAUUCUCUCUCCCAACUCUUUCCUCUUGGCCCGAGCAUCCGUCCCUCUAUCCCAGCUGUCUGGGGUAGCAGUAUACUAAACUGUUUGAAGAAGUGUGUGUGUUUUCUUUUUGUACAUAGUGCGCACGAUGCUGUUUGCCCAGAGGGAAGCUUUUGUAAGUGUUUCACGGCAUACUUAACAGCCGGAGAACAUCACAAACAAACAAAAAACCUGAAGCUGUUUGCUUUUUAGAUAUUCCUUCUGAAUUGUAAGGGUUUGGCGGUGAUGGUAUGAUUUCUUCUGUUGAGCUGAGUUGAGGUGCGUUUUGAAGCAUAUUGAGAUCUCACAAAGGGACCCUUUUUGUCUGCGAGACAUUGGCACCCCCUGGUGGCCAAAUGAGGAUUCACCGAAUCACUUUGUCAGAAAGGGGGGGGGGGGGGGGGGAUGGGGGUGUAGGCCCCCCUAAAAUUGGAGACUAUGUAGACAAAAGGUCAAUAUACUUUUAGAUGUCUUCAUUUACUUUCCAACAUAAACUUGGACAAGUAAUCAACGUUUGACUAAAAUGCUUUUUCAAGAUUUUAAGACCGGAUCACCAAACAAAAAUGGCCUGUGAAUCCGAGCACUGCCAAGGGCCCCAGACGAUCUGCCUGUCUGCCUCCUCGUCCCUCUAUGUAACUCCAGCCCAAGGUUCUCUUCAGGGGGUGGAGAAGACAAUCCCCCAAUUUCACACCCCUCUGACUGAGAGAAGGAUGAUCGCUUUGUUAAGUCUCUCCUCUCUCUCUCUCUCUCUCUCUCUCUCUCUCUCUCUCUCUCUCUCUCUCUCUCUCUCUCUCUCUCUCUCUCUCUCUCAGAAGCCUUGUCAUGUGUAGCCUUUACAGUGAAAUCCACUCUAAUGUAACUAAAGACUCUUCUAAAACAUAAUUCACUGUUUCUCCUCUUUUCCUCUGGAAUGAGGGAACAUGGUAACGAGGGAGGAAACCGGGUACAGUAGGCUGCAUGCUCUAUGGGUCACGGGGUCAAUCAGUCUCCAAUAACAAAGGAAUUAUGGGUCACGGGGUCAAUCUGUCUUCAGUAACAAAGGAAUUAUGGGUCACGUGGUCAAUCUGUCUCCAAUAACAAAGGAAUUAUGGGUCAUGUGGUCAAUCUGUCUCCAAUAACAAAGGAAUUAUGGGUCACGGGGUCAAUCUGUCUUCAGUAACAAAGGAAUUAUGGGUCACGGGGUCAAUCUGUCUUCAGUAACAAAGGAAUUAUGGGUCACGGGGUCAAUCUGUCUUCAGUAACAAAGGAAUUAUGGGUCUGGUGGUCAAUCUGUCUCCAAUAACAAAGGAAUUAUGGGUCUGGUGGUCAAUCUGUCUUCAGUAAAAAAGGAAUUAUGGGUCACGGGGUUAAUCUGUCUUCAGUAACAAAGGAAUUAUGGGUCACGUGGUCAAUCUGCCUCCAGUAACAAAGGAAUUAUUGAGGAGUUUGUUGCCCAGGAAAAUAUUUGAGUGGCUCUGAAUACUGUCGAUUCGAAAAACAAUUAACAUUUAAGUGACAGAAACAAAAAUAUAUGAUGACGUGCGUUUGCACUCUGAACUAUGAGUGACAUUUUGUGACGAACGAGGGUUGCGUUUUGCAGUGUGCGUGUGGUGACUUGUGUUUUUGAGCGAUAUUCUUGAGGCCCAAUGGUGAAGUGAUUCUGUUAGCACAACCUGCCUUUCCUUUUUAUAUCAUCAGAAAAUGGAAUGAACUAUACAUUAUAUAUUUUAAUGGGAGAUGUAUAUUUUCUAACGUUAUUUACCUAUAUUUCUAGAUUAGUAAAGAAAAUACACAUAGAAGAUGUUGAAUACAGUAUUAUAAACUAUAGCAUUGUGUAAUAUUAAGGCUUUGUACAAUUUGCAGAAGUAGUUUUUCAAAUGUGAUGAAUUAAUAUGUAGGAUUGGUAUGGUCCAAUUCACAGGGUAUAAAUGGCAUCUCUUUCUCUCUCUCUCUCUUUCUCUCCCUCUUUUUCUCUCUCUCCCUCUCCCUCCCCUCUCUCUCUCUCUCUCUCUCCCUCUCUCCCUCUCUCUCUCCAACUCCAUGUGCCUAACCAGCUAGAUGUGGGUUUUUUCUUGUAACAUGCUAAAUGUUUAUACACAUAUGUAAAUAUUCUGGAGAGAAAUAUUAUAGAACAGUAUGUGGUGUAGUUGAGUUGAGGCAGAGGUCUAUCUUUCCUUUGGAUAUCGUCGUGGUCCUUGCAUGCUUUUUAGGACACCCAGAUCUCUCUGUCUCUCUGUUCCCCGUUAGUUUAACCACAAACUAGACCCAUAUAUAUCUCGGGGCCUUUUCCUGUUCACAUAUCAGUAAAUUGAAUACUUUUAUUUAUCCCACUGAAUAGCCUGAGUUAUAGACUUUGCAGCUUUUAAAAAGCAAUGUUCCUGCGUUGACAGAGAUCCCCUUUCACAGGAAAUGCUGUGUAUUUUUGGCUGGAUAAAAGCUGCAAUGCCUGUAACCCCCAAUCACAGAUUAAAUUCUGCCCGGGUUUCAAACGUCCUCUGUAUCCUAACGUAUUGCGUUACAUCGUUGAAACCUCUCAAUACAAACGAGCUCAAAGACAGAGAUCAUUGCUCCCUCUUUCCACUGUGAACGAUUCUCCAAACCUGAAGACAUUGUUCCUUAGGAUGAUCUAUCUACGUUCUGCAUGAACAUUCCACAGGGAGGUUUUCAGUCAGCCUCGUCAUCAUAUUUUACCACCUCGCUUUUAUCUCUCUGCUUAUUCUUGGUCUGUUUAAACCUGUUUUCUGCUGAUGGGUGGGACUGCUAUAGACUGUGUCAACUCCUCUACUGUUAGUGUGAUAGACGGUGUAGACUAACUCUACUGUUAAUCAAAACAAAGUUUAUUUGUCACUUGUGCCGAAUACAACAGGUGUACAACCUUACAGUGAAAUACUUACUUACAGGCUCUAACCAACAGUGCAAUUUUUAAGUAUAAAAGUGUGCGAUAGACUGUUAGUGUGAUAGACUAUUUUAACAAUGGGCCUGGGUUCAACCAGGCUGAGACUCACUCUUUUAACAAUGGGCCUGGGUUCAACCAGACUGAGACUCACUCUUUUAACAAUGGGCCUGGGUUCAACCAGGCUGAGACUCACUCUUUAACAAUGUGCCUGGGUUCAACCAGGCUGAGACUCACUCUUUAACAAUGGGCCUGGGUGAGACUCACUCUUUUAACAAUGGGCCUGGGUUCAACCAGGCUGAGACUCACUCUUUAACAAUGGGCCUGGGUCUUACCUCCAGGUUCACACUGGGUCAAUAGCCAACUCUGGACACAGCACCAGGACAAAAAAGUGGCCAAUCCCCCCCCCCCCCCCCCACCACCUACAAAUGUGCAAACAUCUUUCAGACGGACGAUCAAACUACAAGUACCUCAAUUUCUAGCAGUAUCUCGAACCCUGACCCUGGUCACAUGUCUUCAGGGGUUAACUGGAAAUACAACGAUGGAGUCCCCCUGGAAUCUAAAACCAGAACGUUUUUCAACCAGGAGUUUCGAAUAACUUGUUCCCACUCUCCACGAUAAGAAGGGAGAUGACCUAACUGUUCUGUUCCUACCUGUUGAGUUGAACCCUCGACCGGGUCUACCUGGUGUACCUGAUCACAGAGGUACAAACCCCUACAAUCACAAACAGACAGAUGGCACAGCAGCCACGGGAGGAGGUUAUUGUGUCCUAGUAGCUGCUGCGUAUGUGAGUGCGUGAGUGCGUGUAACCACACUGUGACGUCCACCUCUAGCAGGCUCAAUUACAAACUCCCUCAGAACCGUCAAGGCAAGGGUCAGAGAAUACUGAGCAAAACCCUGCUUACCACUUCCACACUUACUACAUGUAAAUAUCUCUCCAAAUUACUCUCAUUAAUCUUGUUAUUACAAUGACUAUUAUUAUUAUUAUUAUUAUUAUUAUUGUUGCUACCUUACUAUGGAUUAUUACGAUCACUGUCAAUAUUAUCACGUGUUUGUUACCUCGAUUAUAGCUGUGGUAGGGGUGGGGUAACAAUAUUCUGUAUUCAAGGGCGAGUUUGUAAAGUGAAGUCAAAAUAAAUCUGUCUUUCUAGAAGAUUCUCUAAUUCCUGCUACUGUAGAUGAGCAACAGAUUUGAAUGAAAAUGAUAGGACAGAUUUUGGAACAAAAGUUUCUCAUUCUCCAUUAGGUCUCUCCUCCAGUAGUUGUUUGAGAGAUUACUAAAUGCACGGAAGGAUAACUGGAUAUGAAGAAGAACAAACAGACGGACGGAUGGACAGAAUGGAUCCAGACAGAGGGCUCUUGUUGAAGACCAACAGAGCUCUUCCAAACCCUUAGCAACACCCUUACCCAAACACCUAGCAACACCCUUAACCAAACACUUAGCAACACCCUUAACCAAACACCUAGCAACACCCUUAACCAAACACCUAGCAACACCCUUAACCAAACACCUAGCAACACCCUUAACCAAACACCUAGCAACACCCUUAACCAAACACCUAGCAACACCCUUAACCAAACACCUAGCAACACCCUUAACCAAACACCUAGCAACACCCUUAACCAAACACCUAGCAACACCCUUACCCAAACACCUAGCAACACCCUUAACCAAACACCUAGCAACACCCUCCUUCCAUUUUCCUUUCUCUCUCACUUCUUCUCACAGACAGACAGACAUCGUGGUUCCUCAAUGGACAGGUUUCUACAGAAAGUAUUUAUUUUCUUUGACUCAUUUUAUCGCUGUUUUAAAUUUGUUGUUUUUAUACACUUGUUGUUUGAUGCAGUGCCAUUGUACAAUAUUCUACACUGAGCUGAAAUCAAUGUCUCUUUUAUUUUCAUUUGAAAUAAAUGAUGUUGAUGGAGAUGUUGAUCUGUGGACUGACUGACUGGAGCAAAUAGCAAUAGUGACCACCACAUAGAAAAAGAACACGCCCAUUUGUUCAUGCCACCAAUUGGAAGAGAGUCAACAAGAUGGGGGUGGGGCCAAAUAUGUGCCAACCAACCAAUGGGGCAAGAGUGUUGCACACUGUGACUGUAGCUGUUUUACUGUGUUGUGGUUUUACAUGUUUAGUUUUUAUGCACUCUUUACUCUAUAUAUAUAGAGAGAGAGAGUACAGUGCAUUUGUAAAGUAUUCAGACCCUUUUACGUUUUCCACAUUUUGUUACGUUACAGCCCUAUUCUAAAAUGUAUUUUAAAAAAAUACCUCAUCAAUCUACACACAAAUAACAAAGCAAAAAAAUGAUUUUAAUUUUCGCCUUUUUUUAUUUUUUAUGAACUGAAAUAUCACAGUUACAUAAGUAUUCAGACUCUUUACUCAGUACUUUGUUGAAGCACCUUUUUGAUGUGAUUACAGCCUUGAGUCUUCUUGGGUAUGAUGCUACAAGCUUGGCACACCUGUAUUUGGGGAGUUCCUCCCAUUCUUCUCUGCAGAUCCUCUCAAGCUCUGUCAGGUUGGAUGUCAGGACAGAUACUAUCAGGUCUCUCCAGAGAUGUUCAAUAGGGUUCAAAUCCUGGCCUCUGGCUGGGCCACUCAAGAACAUUGAGAGACUUGUCCCGAAGCCACUCCUGCACUGUCUUGGCUUAGGGUUGUUGUCCUGUUGGAAGGUGAACCUUCAUAUCUGUCUGAGGUUCUGAGCGCUCUGUAGCAGGUUUUCAUCAAGGAUAUCUCUGUACAUCCUUUCAAUACCAUUCCUUUCAUCUUUCCCUCGAUCCUGACUAGUCUCCCAGUCCUUGUUGCUGAAAAACAAUCACAACAGCAUGCGCUACCACCACCAUGCUUUACCGUAGGGAUGGUAUUGGACAGGUGAUAAGGGGUGCCUGGUUUCCUCCAGACAUGACGCUGGAAUUCAGGCCAAAGAUAAUCUUUUUUUCUCCUGGUCUGAGAUCUUGUUUCUCCUGGUCUGAGAUCUUGUUUCUCCUGGUCUGAGAUCUUGUUUCUCCUGGUCUGAGAUCUUGUUUCUCAUGGUCUGAGAUCUUGUUUCUCCUGGUCUGAGAUCUUGUUUCUCCUGGUCUGAGAUCUUGUUUCUCAUGGUCUGAGAUCUUGUUUCUCCUGGUCUGAGAUCUUGUUUCUCAUGGUCUGAGAUCUUGUUUCUCCUGGUCUGAGAUCUUGUUUCUCAUGGUCUGAGAUCUUGUUUCUCCUGGUCUGAGAUCUUGUUUCUCCUGGUCUGAGAUCUUGUUUCUCCUGGUCUGAGAUCUUGUUUCUCCUGGUCUGAGAUCUUGUUUCUCCUGGUCUGUGAUCUUGUUUCUCAUGGUCUGAGAUCUUGUUUCUCCUGGUCUGAGAUCUUGUUUCUCAUGGUCUGAGAUCUUGUUUCUCCUGGUCUGAGAUCUUGUUUCUCAUGGUCUGAGAUCUUGUUUCUCCUGGUCUGACAUUCCUUUAGGUGCCUUUUGGCAAACUCCAAGCGGGCUGUCAUGGACCUUUUACUGAAGAGUGGCUUCCGUCUGGCCACUCUGCCAUAAAGACCUGAUUGGUGGAGUGCUGCAGAGAUGGUUGUCCUUCUGGAAGGUUCUCCCAUCUCCACAGAGGAACUCUGGAACUCUGUCAGAGUGAUCAUUGGGUUCUUGGUCAACUCCCUGACCAAGGCCCUUCUCCCCCGAUUGCUCAGUUUGGCCGGGGGAGAAGUUGAACCAACAAGUUGAACCAACAAGCUCUAGGAAGAGUUUUGUUGGUUCAAAACGUCUUCCAUUUAAGAAUGAUGGAGGCCACUGUGUUCUUGGAGACCUUCAAUGCUGCAGAAAUGUUUUGGUACCCUUCCCCAGAUCUGUACCUCGACACAAUCCUGUCUCGGACAAUUCCUUCGACCUCAAUGCUUGGUUUUUGCUCUGACAUGCACUGUCAUCUGUGGCACAUUUAUAUAGACAGGUGUGUGCCUUUCCAAAUCAUGUUCAAUCAAUUGAAUUUAACACAGGUGGACUCCAAUCAAGUUGUAGAAACAUCUCAAGGAUGAUCAAUGGAAACAGGAUGCACUUGAGCUAAAUUUUGAGUCUCAUAGCAAAGGGUCUGAAUACUUAUGUAAAUAAGAUAUUUCAGUUUUAGAUUUGUUUCUAAAUUUGGUCUGAAUAAGGUAGUUCUUUAAUUAAAAAAUGUUGUUUGUGUGUAGAUUAAUGAGGAAAAAAUAUAUAUUUCAUCAAUUUUAGAGUAAGGCUGUAAUGUAACAAAAUGUGGAAAAAAGUGAAAGGGGUCUGAAUACUUUCCGAAUGCACCGUAUAUUGUGAGAUAGAUGCUACACGUCUAGCUAGCCUAGCGCUAAUCCCUGAUAGAUGUGUAGAGCUACACGUCUAGCUAGCCUAGCGCUGAUCCCUGAUAGAUGUGUAGAGCUACACGUCUAGCUAGCCUAGCGCUAAUCCCUGAUUGAUGUGUAGAGCUACACGUCUAGCUAGCCUAGCGCUGAUCCCUGAUUGAUGUGUAGAGCUACACGUCUAGCUAGCCUAGCGCUGAUCCCUGAUAGAUGUGUAGAGCUACACGGCUAGCUAGCCUAGCGCUGAUCCCUGAUAGAUGUGUAGAUGCUACACGUCUAGCUAGCCUAGCUCUGAUCACAGAGAGAUCACUGUGAAAUGGUUUACCCAACACAGAAUGUAACACUAUCCACGUUAUAAACGUUUUCUAACGGGUAAUCACUAUGAUUAAUAUUAAUAUGAUGAUUAUUAUAAAGCUAUUUUUUAGCAAGUGAAAUUUAAAAA